GCCCGUCUCCACCGCGCUCCUUGCAGGCCCCUGGAUCCGCCCGUAUCGCCUUUUCGCGCCUCCUGCCCUCUUGACCUGAUCCGCCCUCAACGCCUGCCCCCAUGGCCGACAUGAACCAGGAAACCAUACAACAGAAGAUCCAGCUCGCUCGACGCGACGCUGAGGCCCUCAAGGACCGGAUAAAGCGCAAGAAGGAUGAGCUCGCUGACACAACCCUCCGCGAUGUUGCCAGAGAUCGCGUCGAGGCCCUGCCGCGCCUCACCAUGAAAACAAAGCGCACCCUCAAGGGCCAUCUCGCCAAGAUCUACGCCAUGCACUGGUCGACGGACCGCCGCCAUCUCGUCUCGGCCUCGCAGGACGGCAAGCUGAUCAUCUGGGAUGCCUACACAACAAACAAGGUCCACGCCAUCCCCCUUCGCUCCUCGUGGGUCAUGACCUGUGCCUACUCGCCCUCGGGCAACUACGUUGCCUGCGGUGGUCUCGAUAACAUUUGCUCCAUCUACAACCUGUCGGCAAGGGAAGGUCCCACACGCGUGGCACGUGAACUGUCUGGCCACUCUGGAUACCUCAGCUGCUGCCGAUUCAUCAGCGACAAGCGCAUCCUCACAUCCUCGGGCGACAUGACGUGCGUGCUCUGGGAUCUCGAGACUGGCUCCAAGGUACACGAGUUUGCCGAUCAUCUUGGCGACGUUAUGAGCUUGAGCAUCAACCCGCUCGACCACAACCAAUUCGUCUCUGGUGCUUGUGAUGCUUUCGCCAAGCUCUGGGAUAUCCGACAGCAGAAGUGUGUGCAGACGUUUGCUGCGCACGACUCCGAUAUCAACGCCAUUCAGUUCUUCCCCAACGGCAACGCUUUCGGUACCGGCUCCGACGAUGCCUCGUGUCGCCUGUUUGAUAUCCGCGCCGACCGCGAGCUAGCCUCAUACCAGAUUCCCGAGCCCGUCUGCGGCAUCACAUCUGUGGCCUUUUCCGUUUCUGGUCGUCUGCUAUUCGCUGGUUACGAUGACUUUGAGUGCAAGGUAUGGGACGUAUUGCGCGGCGAGCGUGUAGGCACAUUGCAAGGACACGACAACCGUGUCAGCUGUCUGGGCGUCAGCAAUGAUGCGCUCAGUCUCUGCACUGGUUCAUGGGACUCCAUGCUGCGCAUCUGGGCGUAAGCGCACCAAGACGACCAAAUACCCACGACGCCAUGUAACGACGCCAACCGGACGUGUGCGCCUAUUCUUUCUAAUAUUGGCAAACUACAAUCGAUGACGGCAAUCUUUGCAAACUCCUGGCAUACCCAUACCCCCUUGUUGCAUCUUACUUACCCAGGAGUCUUCUGAGAGCUACCCUACUUCUA